CAACUGCGUGCGCCUCGCACCACAUUCCGGACGCCUCUCAGUAUGGGCAGCUCAUCACAGGCACUCGACACGAUCUCGCAAUGUAUUGCCAGAAGUGCCGCACGCCGCUGAAGCUUGACAGCUCAUUAGCGGAGCUCAACCCAGCCGCCUUUGACCUGCUUGUCACAUCGGCCUCGCAACAGCAGCACCUAGCACCCCCGGUGUCUUCGCGCCCGACCUAUCCUCACGAUGCCGAGCGACGCGCCAUGUAUGAGCAGGCCUCGAAACACCCGGCGGCCGUCUCGACUAGGAAGCCGGGCAGCACCACGCAGGGGCGUGAUAACUCCAUGUCCUUUGUCCUCCUGACUGAGUCACAAGUCGCGCCGCCCAGGCUGACGACGCCAACAUCGCCCGCACAGCGAAGCCUAAAGGCCCGUCGCGCGUCCACAGGCUAUGGCCAGAAACAGGACCCCACCUCGGCUCUACCACACGAAACAGAUCGUGUCAACCGGCUGUUCGAGAUUCUCUCGGCGCGGUCAGACAUCGAUCACCCAAUAUGCGUCGAGUGCACGGAACUGCUUGUUGAUGGUCUGCAGAAGCGGCUUGAAGCUGCCUCGAAGGAGCGAGACGCCUUUGCCGGUUUCCUCAAGCAAGUGCAAGCCGACGUACCAAGCCGGGAGGAGGUCGCCGAGUCAGAGCGUGCCCUUGCCGCAGCUAAGAAAGACGAAGCCGAGUCCAUGAAAGCGCUGCUGGAGCUUGAAAAAGAGAAGGCCAAGCUGGAUGAGGAGAUUGCCGCCUUGGAGGACGAGUCGCGGCAGAUCGAUGCUGAGGAGGAGCAGUUCUGGAGAGAACGAAACGAGUUCUCCACGCAGCUCGCCGAGUUCCAGAAUGAGCGGGACAGCAUCAACUCUAAAUUCGAUCACGACUCACAGCUUCUGACCAAGUUGCAGCGAGCAAAUGUCUACAACGAUACCUUCUCCAUCCACCACGACGGCAACUUUGCCACUAUAAACGGGCUGCGGCUUGGGAGACUGUCGACCAAGCCUGUAGACUGGCCCGAGAUCAACGCAGCAUGGGGCCAAGCGCUCUUGCUCGUCGUCACGGUGGCGGACAAGCUCGGCUACAAGUUCGAGGGCUACGAGCCUCUGCCCAUGGGUUCCACAUCCAAGAUUGUCGAGCUCAAGCACCCAUCACCGUCGUCCAGCCGGCUCGGCGCGCGGGAGCGCGUCGGCCCGCCCCCGGCACCGAAGCGCGACGUUUGGGAUCUGUAUUUCUCAGGUGACCUCCUGUCGCAAGUUUGGAGCCGCAAGUUCGACAAAGGCAUGGUUGCCUUCCUCGAGCUCGUGCGCCAGCUCGGCAACUUUGUGCACCAGCAAACCAAAGAGGAGCACCGGCGCGCCGAGCUGGAGGGCGGGUACCAAGCCGGCGGCGGUGUUGCGGCCAACAUCCCUGCGCCUCUGACGCUGCCGUACAAGAUUGACGGCGACAAGAUUGGCGACGACCGGAUAGGCCACUACAGCAUCAAGCUCGGCAUCACCAACGACGAGGGCUGGACCAAGGCGUGCAAGUUUGCGCUGACCUGCUGCAAGUUCCUGAUUGCGCAUGCAAGUAACGUCAGCCAUACCGCGAACGGGAGAUAGCCCGACAAGACUUUGGUUGUUGAAACGAACCAGCACGCAACACGAAGACGAAAUGGGGCCACCAGGUGGAAACGAAUGGUCUGCCUAGAGUCCUUGAUGGGCGUCCCAAUUCAAGUACUCUGGUCUGGGUUCAUUUUGGAGGUUUACUGCCAACUUGUAAGGAACAUCAUUUUAGGGGAAACUGAGCCAAGUGUGUAGGAAAGCCCACACCACGUCAGUCUUAACUGGACUUCAAGUACAUCGAUGUCAAGAGAGAAUAAAGUGCAAACCACAUCGUCUUGCACCGCCAGAAUCCAUCCG